CACAUUUAUUCUGGGGUACCAUAAUCCAUUAUCCAGAUGAAUCUAUAAACCAGUGGGCUGUGUAAUUUUGACAUCUGGGUUAAUUUGGCUUUAUAUUGCAGCAUGUUGAGUUAGAAAUCAAACAGUGCCUGAGCUUAAAGUGGUAAUAUAGGGCUAACAAGUAUGCUUAUUUAUUAUCUACAGUAGCAUUAUUAGGCACAUGUCUACCCCUAGGUGUGAAUGUGUGUGCAUGGUGCCAUGCAGUGGAGUGGUGUCACACCCAGGGUGUAUUUUCACCCCACACCUAGUGUUCUGGUAACUCUGGAACCAGGAAAAAGUAGUUACUGAAGAUGAAUACAUGCCUUUGUGUAAAUGUAAUUUUUGUAUUGUUUGUUUGAGGUGCACAUGCAACUCAUAGACCUUCUUUUACAUGAAGCUGCCAUUACGAAAGUGCUGGCACUGGACACAAAUAACACCUGCUAUGCUUUGUUUGUUCUUUGACAGAGAGAAAGACAAAUUAAAGAGACACACCAUUGCGCCUGUAAAAGAAAUCAGAUCAUAAUUCUAAUUAAUUACUGAGGAGGACCUACAUAAAGAGCAACAUUUUCUAUUGUGGAACAUAUUCCAACUGGACCCUCGUCCAAUUCCUGUCCUGCACCCUUGCUGGGCUGGUGACAUCCUUGAAGGAUCUGAAUAACCCAUUCAUAUACACUCCUCACACGUUCUCUCUUGGUGCCUGCCUCUUGCGCUCUGUGCCAUGGUGCUGAGUGAAGAUCACGAGUGUGGCGUGUGCUAUGAGCGCUACUCCCGGAGCAAGCACGUUCCCAGAGUGCUCUUCUGCAGCCACACGUUUUGUAGCCCUUGCCUGGAGACCAUGGCCUCACAGCGGGGAGGCAUGCUGAGCGUCAGGUGCCCGUUGUGCCGCCAAGUGUCUUGUGUGCGACCUGGUCUCACGCUGGAAGCGGCACUGUGGGUCAACAGCCGCCUGUGGGACCGCAUACCAGAGGAUCGAGAACUGGAAGUAAAGGAGGAGGAUUUUGAAGAAGAGAAGAGAAGUAGCGGUGUCGCAAAGGCAGAAUCUCCAAUGCAUCCUCACUGGUUGAGGCUAUCACCACAGCAUGACCGACUCAGACUACGACUCCCAGGGUUUCUGAGGAGAAUGAUUGUCCCCAGGCAGUCGCAACAAAGGAUAGUCCCUGGAUGCAAUGCAAAUAAAAUCGUGGCGAAGACUGUCAGGGGAGGAAAUGCCUUGAACUAGGUUAUGCCAGACUGACUUCACCACUCUGCAUGAUGAACUCUCACACUUGCCUUUUCAUUGUCAUUGAAGACAUCGUGCUACGGGCAUAGUCAGUAGUCCUGGAUUACGAAAGGAUCAGGAGCCUCAGCUUGUGACACUGAGCAGGCGUGAAAAAGCGCACCAUUCUCCUGACUGUGUUUCUUGAACUGCGAUUUCUGCAUGAAGGGUUUGACCAGUCUAUCUGCGGGGACCUUCUCAUUAUCCAUUCCAUCUAUAAUCUUCUACAUCUGCCUCGACGGGAUCUGUUUCAGCUGUUCCAACAGAGACAGGGGGAAAAGUAGAAAAAGGGUGAAAGUCCCAGAUUGCAGUAUGAGGUGAACAGAUGGCCUCCUGAGACAGACGCCCUUCCCGACACAAACUAAAACCCCAACAACUUCACAGAAACCUUUUCAUUUAUUAUUAUUGUUACUACUUGUUAUUUCUAAAUUAUUUUCAAUUAAAUAUUCUUUUCACUAGACAUGUCAGUGUCUAUCUUGUGCUUCUCCUGGCUUUCUGGAGCUGCUUCAACUGUGUUUGUAGAGGUUGAAUACUUUAUAAUUGCCCUACUGCUGUCUGUUUGGUUAGCUUAAAUUAAUGAUGGAGUGCUUAUGCCAUCUGUGAGGCUUUCUUGGGCCAAACCAGCCCCCCAGAGAGGCUGUGUAAUGCCAAUGAAAUGGAAAGUGUUCAGCCAAACUCAUAGAGCUUCAGAUCCAUGGGCACUUGACUUGCAGUUAAGAUUUAAUUUAUGCCUCGCUGCGCUCUUUUGGCAUUGCACAUGGUCUCAACAGAAUCGCACAAAGCAAAUGUCACAGGCCUCUUAUCAGAAAGAGUCUGCUUUCAUAUUCACCAGCCUGGCAAACACAGCAAACAUCAGCAUAUGUUGUCUAUCAAGA